AGUGAGGAUUAAACUCUUAUUAUCAUUUAAGAAAUACACCGACCAAUGAACCUAUUAUGUCAAACAGAGGGAAUCGGAGGCCUCUAAGUGUGAAGACCUUUGACUUUGCAGGGAAUCAAGAAUCUGCACGAGUUGAAACUGGAGCAGCGGCCAAUGGCUUUAAUGUGGAGAAGUUGUUGAAGUAAAGGAAAAAUGAGGAAGAGUAUACAUGUGAUGCUUUGUUAGCUAAGAGAUAAAUAUGAAAAAGGAAGUGGAUUACACAUCAGUGCCAUUCUCCAUCGCUAAUGUCCCUCUCCAGUCAGUGAAAUAUGGUGAGGUUUGUCCAUAAAGAGCAACCUGAGAUCACGAUGGACUAUGUAAAUAUGCCUGAGGAGUCAGCCAGAAGGGAUGCCCUCAAGAGAUGUUCUGGUGAGGAUGGUGGAGUCACUGCUGCAGCGCCUGGAAAAAAACUGUACCGACUGGUUGCUGUGAGCUUUGGACUCUUGUGUGUCCUACAAGCUGCUCUCAACAUUUCCCUGCGUCUCGCUCUCUACAGCCCUUACAAGACAAGAGAUAUAGAGGUCUGCAAAAACCUGAUUGAAGAGAGUGACAAGCUUAAGGAGAAACUGAUUAACUUUAAUUACCUUUUCCAACAAGGGUGGGUCUAUUUCCAUCCCAGUUUCUAUUACAUUUCUUCUACCAAGAAAUCCUGGAACGACAGCAGAGAAGACUGUCUGCAAAGAGGUGCAGACCUGAUGGUAAUCAACAGCAAAGAAGAACAGUUUUUCUCUGUAAACAAGGACUUCACAAGAAAAUUCAACAAGCUCAUGUGGAUUGGACUGACAGACAGAGAAACCAAAGGGAUGUGGAUAUGGGUGGAUGGCACUCCGCUGGACAAAAGCUAUUGGACCCCUGGGGAGCCCAAUGCUUAUGAAGACAAAAAUGAGGACUGUGUAGAAUUAAAGUCCCAUGAUAUUGAGAACAGCUGGAAUGAUAUACCAUGUGAAGACGAAAACUUCUGGAUCUGUGAAAAAUGAUUUUUCGAUGAUGUUCACAAAUUCCCAUUUCACAUACAAUCCUAUGACUCUGUAACCUGUGACCAAGCUGGGCCUCUGUCUCUAUGAGUAAUAUAUAGCCAUUGGACUAGAUACAGUAUAUGUCUAUUAAUAAUAGAUUGUUUAUAGUAGACUACAACUCAGAGUGACAUUUCUUGACUGGAUGCUUUAUAUUCAGCUUUCUGGGGAGUUGUUGUCCACAAUGCUCUGAAUCCCACCUGCUCAGGCAAUGUAAGAAAAUGAAUGAAGAAGUAUGCCUUUCUGAAAACUAAUUCAUUUAAUAAAUGUUUUACUUCGCACAUAUAAUAAAAACAUUUUUUGUUGUGUGA